AUGAUGAGACCGUCGCCCCGAGGUGCCAGCCUAACAAUCUACGUCGACUGCGUAUCGCCCUACUCGUGGUUCGGCACCACUGCCCUGCUUAAGCACCGGCCGGCUAUUCUCGCGCAUGGCGUAACUGUCGAUAUCGUGCCGUUCUUUCUCGGCGGUGCCCGAGAUGCGGCCGGAAAUCCAUGGCAGCCCACGCCCAAAUACAGAGAGGCAUUCUCGAACCAGGAUACCGUUAUGACGGGGGAGCUACUCGGAUUGAAGAUCGUGACGCCGAAGGAGUUCCCGAUCAUGAGUCUUUUUCCCGUCCGUGUAGCGACCUACAUCAAAUCCCAGCACUCCGCCGCCAGGUUCGAGGCUUCCUUCCUUGCUCUGGCGGCCGGGUACUGGUCCAAGGGGAUCAAAAUCUCCAAGCCCGAAGGCAUUAUCCAAGCUCUCUCCGGUAUCUUCUCUGAGGAGGAAGUCAGAGAGAUCAUGCAGGGAGCAGUGAGUCCCGCGAACAAGAAACUCAUGCUGGAUCGCACGAGGGAGAGUCAGGCGUUUGGCGCGCCGUGGAUCGUGGGGGUGAAUAGCGAGGGGGAGAAGAAAAUGUGGUUUGGGAGUGAUCGGUGGGAUCAGGUUUUCUAUCAUCUGGGUGUGCCGUAUAAGGGGCUGGAGGUUGUGGGUGUGAAGGAGAGUAAAUUGUAG